UCAGUUGCUGCCCGCCCCGCGCUCCGCGCUCUUAUAAAUCGCGCCAACCGCUAGAACCGGGUCCACAGUCGUCGGCGAACCGUACACCAGUUCCCACUUCACCUUUUUCCCCCACCACCACCAACCACCACCACCACCACCGCCUCUCUCUCAUCAGUUGAGGAAGACCCCGAAACACACACACCAAAGUCCCUUCCGACACAAUAACAACAAAUCCCCCCAUCCGCAGAAUUUUUUGAGAAUCCAAAAAACUUCCCACUAGUCCUGCAACAACAACUCAGUUGUCUGUCCCAAUUUUAUUUGUCCCGCGACGAAAAAUCUAAGUCCAAAUUUUAAUUCGUUCAUCUCGUCCCUGCGGUUUGUUGAAACAUUUCCGUUUGUGACGAGAACCGCGCCGUUGCCCAGCUCCCUCCCCGCAGUAAAAAUACAACAACAACAACAAGAACAACCCGUAAGAAAAAUGGAGCUGUUGACUGUCGAGAGCUCGUCUUUUUCAUCGGCUUCGCUGGUCGGUGGUUUCAGCGUUGGACAAAUUGGCGCCGUCUUCGUGUCGGCCACCACCGUCCUCCUGACCACAUUGGCCGCCCUGACGUUCACGCUCGUCUGGCUCAACGGGCGCAAGAACGGCCCCCCGCAAAUGGCCGACUCACUCUUCUUCCGCAUCAAGAGCAAAGCCCAGCGAUUGGUCCGCUCUCACCUGGCCAAAUCGUCGGCCGCUAAAGCCUCUGCUGCUGUUCCUGUCGUUACGGCCGCCACAAGUGGCACGACGGUUGUCGCCAAGCCGUGGAGUCCGCCGCCCGGCCCGGUCGGCUGGCCCGUCAUCGGCUCGCUCCACUUGCUGGGCCAGUACGAGGUCCCGUUCGAGGCUUUCUCUGAGCUCAGCAAAAUCUACGGCGACAUUUUCAGCAUUACCUUGGGCUCGACGCCGUGCGUCGUCGUCAACAGUUUCAAGCUCAUCAAGGAGGUGCUCAUCACCAAGGGCCCCCACUUUGGCGGACGGCCCAACUUUAUCCGCUACGACAUUCUCUUCGGCGGCGAUCGCGACAAUUCACUGGCCCUGUGCGAUUGGUCGUACCUGCAGAGAGAUCGCCGUUCGAUCGCCCGCCACUGGUGCCACCCGCGCGUCGAUUCGAUGCAGUUCGACACUCUCAGCCGCGUCCUGACGUCCGAAAGCGACUUGAUGGUCAACGAAUUGUCGCUCAUGACGGCGGCGGCGGCCGGCAAAGGCAUCGACUUGAAGACGACGAUGAUGACCAUGUGCGCCAACGUCUUCACCCACUACAUGUGCAGCACCCGCUUCGAUUACAACAACAAGGAAUUCGGCAAAGUCGUCCGUCUCUUUGACCAGAUUUUCUGGGACAUCAACCAGGGCUACGCUGUCGAUUUCCUGCCCUGGCUCAUGCCCGUCUACCGCCGCCACAUGCAGCAGCUCAAGUCGUGGGGCACGGACAUCCGCCAGUUCAUCGUCAAGACCAUCAUCGACGAGCACCGAUCCACCAUGGACGUCAACAACCCCAGAGAUUUCACCGACGUCCUCCUCAGCCAACUGGGAAAUGAGAAGAACAACGGCGAAGAUGUCCAGGCUGCCGAUCACAACGACAACGAAAAGCAACUCGACUGGAAUCACGUUCUCUACGAGCUGGAAGACUUUCUCGGCGGACACUCGGCUAUCGGCAAUUUGCUGAUGAGGGCCGUCGGCGAGCUCUGCUCCAGCCCUCACGUCAUGGCCAACAUCCAGGAGGAGAUCCGCAAAGUCACCUGCGAUAAUUCACGACCCGUCGUCCUGGAAGAUCGGCCCAGCAUGCCCUACACGGAAGCCACCAUCCUGGAAACGUUGAGAUUGUCUUCGUCGCCCAUUGUCCCCCACGUCGCCAUGCAAAACACAUCCGUCGCCGGUUACGACGUUCAAGAAGGCACGAUGGUAUUCCUCAACAACUACGAGCUGAACAUCAGUCCAGACUACUGGGGCGACCAGGCUCUGACGUUCGAUCCUGCGCGGUUCCUCAUCCAGGGCAAAAUCGUCAAACCGGAAUAUUUCAUUCCGUUCAGCACUGGCAAACGAGCCUGCAUGGGUUACCGGCUGGUCCAGCACGUCAGUUUCGUCACACUCGCCACUUUGCUUCAGAAUUUCGACGUCUCAGCCUCAGAGGAUGUCAUCCACCUACCCAAAGCUUGCGUCGCCGUACCACCCGAUGCCUUCCGCGUCGUCCUAACGCCCCGACCCUCAGCGCCGGCGUCUUAUUGAAAAUCAUCCGCAUUAUUAUUCAUUUUUUAAAAAAAGAAAAACGUCGACCUCAGGCAACAACAACAUUAACACAACAACAACACCUCGACGACACACACACACACAUCAGCAAUAACCCAAAAACCAAAAUUGAUUGAGACCCUUCGUUUCCAUUCUCGCUAUGACCCCACCCAAAACAUCGUCAAAUCGAUCUCAACGAUGAGAACAUUUUAAUUCAUUAAAAUAGGGGGAAAGAGGAGGUGUUAAAAGAGAUGGGGGGGUUUCUCAUUAAAAAAAAAAUUACGUCAUCAUCAUUCAUCAUUUAAGUUAUUUUCUUGCAGAUGACUUAUAAUUAUUAUUAUUAUUUUGAAAAAGAUAAAAGAAGCGAAGAUUUUUUUUCCUUUCUUCUCCCCCCCUUGUUUGUUAUUUCGAUUGGUUGGUUGGUCGGUUGGUACAUGUAAACUUUUCUAUAUAAUUAAUUUUUUUUUUCUGAAAGGGGGGAGAAGGGGGGCUCUAUACUCCUGAAUUGCGAAUGUGUUUUUAGUUUUUGUUUGUUUGAGAAAUUCUUUCGGGGAUUCGCAUAAAUUGUAAAUUUCUUUCUCCUGGGGUGCGAUUGAAUGUUUUUUAUUUGAUUCAUGCGUGCGAUGUAUAACUGCGAGUGCGAGUGUUUUUGAUCAUUUUCCUUGUUUCCUCUUUUAAAUGUCGACCGUGUGUUUGUUUGAAAUCUUUUGCAUUCGUCAAAAAAACGAUUUUAUUGAGCUUUUUAAUUUUUGAAGAGAAAUUGCAUUCCCUUUUGUUUGAAUGAAAAUACGGGAUUUGUGAGACGAGAGUGACACCCUCCCCAACCGACCAGCAAAGAGAAUAACGAUAAUAAUUAUCUUUUUUUAAAAAAAAAGGAAAGUAAAAUUCCAGAUUUGACUUUAUAGAUGCUUAUAUUCCGUCCUUUUAUAUCAUCUGCUAGCUGCUGCUGCUGCUGACGGCAAAACAAUUACUACAAGCCUAUAUUCUACCUAGCAUUUUUAUAUUAUGUCUGUUUUUUAAAAGAUAUAAUUAAUAAUCCCACCGCUCGAUCGCUCUCUCGGCUCUUCCCUCCUCCAUAUCAUUUUCAGAUUGCUGUAAACAUAUACAUAUUAUUAUUAUUGCUAUGGAAAAUUGUAAAACAUUGACAUGUGUGUCUGUAUUUCUUCUCGUGUUUUUGGUGGGCGAAAUGGAUUGGAGGGAAUUUGAAAAUUUCUAUCAAUGACUGGAAAACCCCUGAAGAUGAGAAAGGGGAGUCGAAAAACAAAAAUUCUUGAAAAAUUUUGAAAUUAUUAUGCAAAUAACAACAGCAGCAGCACAACAAAUUCCCGGUGAAUACCUUCGUCUGUCUGAAAAUAAUACAAAAUUUUGUAUAUUUGA